AUGUCCGGCGAGCUGGCCGCCGCGCUAUAUGCUGCCACACAAACUCCCCUAGAUGCGCCCCUCCAGAUAAUUGCCGCAGACGCUAGGCUCCGCGACGCCCUGAUAACCAAAGUCCCACUCUGGGAAGACCGGGGCUGGAUUGGAAUAGCAAACGCACCACUAUGGCAGCAACUGGUGAACAGACUAAGGCAACGAAUCGCAGUCACCACAAUAAAACCUGCUCACGAGGAACAUGAGAAGGCCCUUAUCAAAAAGGCAAAAGAAAGGGCCCAGCAGGCCCUCCUACUGAAUAACGUCACCACGCUGGCGGAGCAGCCAAGUGGACCCUUCACCGUUUCAGGCGUCAAGCUAGCAGCCCUCACACAGUCACUAGCAUAUAAAGGAAUCCGAGCAAAGAAAGACGCACCGAUACGCCGAGGAAGAGACCGCAACCUCCGCGACAUACAAGAACAUUUUAAGACCACCUAUAACACGAGAUUGUCAGAGCAAGAUAUCUGGAAAGGAGUAAGGCACGUAGAUAUACGAAACCAAAUCAAAGAUUUCCUAUGGAAAACUCUGCACAACGCACACCGGUGCGGAUCUUUCUGGCUAAAUAUCCCGGGCUACGAGGAACGCGCACGGUGCUCGUGGUGCGGUCAGACUGAAAGUAUUGAACACAUACUCACCGAGUGCACAGCGCCUGGCCAGAUGACAAUAUGGAACAUGACGAGGUCACUCUGGGAGAACAAAGGCCUACGAUGGCAAAGCCCGUCUACCAGCGAGAUACUGGGCCUCGGAUGCCGGAAGUGGAGCUACAACGAUAAGAAGCAAAACCACGGAGCCACGAGACUGUGGCGGAUUCUAAUCUCCGAGUCUGCUUUCCUAAUAUGGAAGCUGCGCUGCGAAAGGGUCAUCGGACACGAGGAGGAGGAGAGAUGGGCGCACAGCAGCAACGAGCUACGAAGCCGAUGGGCCUCGACGAUGAAUCAAAGGCUGCACCUCGAUGCGGCAACCACACACCCCCGUUUUGGCCGGAAAGCGCUGAGACGAGAUAUAUAUGCCGAUACAUGGCACGACGCAGUCGUUGAUAACCGCGCGCUCUACACCCAUAGAUCGCGCGAAGGGGUUUUAGUGGGUAUUCCGUCCGCGGGCUAUGAGUUAGACCCCGGAUGAGAGAGCCCCACACUGGUCGGAAACGACCGUGCGCAAAGCAUUUUUCCCUGAAGCGAUGCGGAUAUCCGCUGGCUGGCUGGACGGAUGGUUGGCCCGAUUGGCCAAUGCUACCGUCUACUAGAGCCCUCCAAAAAAAAAAAAAAAA